UGAGACGGCGUGUCCGUUCAUCAGUCCUCGCUGUCUCCUGCUGUCUCUGCACCGCUGCGCGCUUUCGUUUUCCUACCGCCACCCAUACUAGGGUCUUGGUCGCACGAUCACUCACGGCGAUCAUUGACACGACAGUCGACAGACCAACGGAGGGGCCGGGGACGAUUCUCCGUUCCCCGCGAUGCCGCCGCGAGCUGCCGCUCAAAAGGCCUCGAAGCUAGCGGCUGCGCAGCUGGAGAGCUCACCGCCCCCAUCGGAUGACCGGCGGGCGUUGGAAUUCGGGGAGCCUUCCAAACCCAGGACGCCGGUGAAGGUCACGUACGGUCGGAAAAGGCGGGGUUAUUCAUCCCCAACGAAGUCAUCUGAUGCAGACGGGUCACCAGGCAAGGAGAGGAACGUCGGGAAACGCAUGAGGUCGAGCCUCAGUGCCCUCGCUUCUAUGUCUGCGGAGAAGCCGAGCAGGGGUGGUAGUAGUGCGGAGAGCCCUAUCCUACUGUCUGACGAUGAAGGCGAAGAUGACGAGGUGAUAGAGCCGCAGAGUCCUCUGCUCAGGAAGGCGUCCAGUGGGAAGGCAAGGGGGCGCAUCCUAUCCGCGAAAAAGCCGUCGGGUACCGUAUCCAGGAAAGGGAAAUCGAACGCCGCCGCCUCGAGUAACAACAACCCCGCAAAACGUGACCGGGCAAUGUCAAUAUCGUCCACCUCCUCCUUGUCUGACCUUGACGAGAGCGACCUCACAUCUCUCUCGUCUCGGAGUCCUGGGCCCUCUAUCAUGGCUCCCCCGGCGCGUGCGCGUUCUGCCAGCACACUGACGUCGCUCACGUCGUCUCAAGUUGGAAAGUCUGUGGGCGGCCUUCGCCGUACCGACUCUGUCGCUACUCUGGGCGAUAGUAGUGUAGACGAUGAGGCAUGGAGUCUGGGCAAGCUCGGGACACUAGCGUGGGUCAAGGUGGAUGGGUCGGGAGAUGUUGUAGAUGAAGGCGGCAACGUAUCUGAUGGUGAUACAUACUGGUGGCCGGCCAAGGUCACACACCCUCGCGAUCCGGUCAAAAUCUCCUUGUUUGGCGACGGACCCCGUCUCUCCAGUGAUGAUGCCGCCGGGAUAAAAGAGUUGACGGUGUCUUCGCCGUCUGCGUCGAACAUCCUGCCGAUGGCGUCGCGCGGAAGGAUUCGCUUCACUGAGCGAAGUUACAGGGCAGCAGAACGGGGUGACACGGCCGUCGUACCGCCACGGAAGCGGAGGAAGCUGGGUGUCGACACACGAUGGAGAGAGGCUCGGGAUCUCAUGCUGCAAGAGGACGAAGACGCCAAUGAAGGGCUACCAAUGUUGCUGUCGAGCCAUUUCAGCAGAGACGCGUCUUUCUCCGUGAAAGCACCAUCGGCAGGAGGCAGUAAAGCCGUGGAGAUGAUCCUCUCUGAUGACGACGACUUGCCCAUGCUACAAGAGAAGCCCUGGCGACCGCCUCCUUGCGACCCAUCCCUGGAGUUACCCGGCGAGCUCGUUCUUGCCAAGGAGAAGAAACCCUUUACAGACUAUUGGCCUGCGAAGUUGCUUGAGUAUAUCCCACCAACGAACCCUAAGCAGCGACCUCGCUACAAAGCAGAAUUCUACGACGGUAUGAUCAAAAACAUUGAUUCGGAUUGGUUCUUCACAGUGGAACACAAGCAGUUCAAGAGCUGUAAGCUAGGACGCGAUAUGUUCAACUAUGGGCUGGAAGAGGAGCGCGACGACGUAGCUGCCCCGCUGCGCAAUGACACGUCCGACAUUGAGAUCUCCGACGAGGACGCCCUGCGUCCACUCACCCCCGAGCCUCCCAUGCCUCCGUUGGAGGACUUUGAAGACACUUCGCUCGCAGAGCAGUUCGAGUACAUCAAACCGGUGCUAGCGGCCCGGCACGAUCAGUUCAUGCGUGGGGCCGCUGCGAGACGUGCAGUAUGCGAAUCGGGCUACACGAGAGGUUCGCUCAAGCAAGACGAGGUAGAGGAGCUGCUGCGCUUGGUGCGGCGAUGGGCCGCCAAGUGGGAGAAGAGGCAUGCAUUGGGUAUCCCGGAUGGUGACCCGCACAAAGUCCCGGAGACUGCGGGAGGCAGCGCCUGUGUAAAUGCCAGUCAGGUUCCGUCCGUGGACAAUCCCAUCGAGGUACCUUUGACACCUGUGAGACAACCAGCGGAGUCUGAGACCGAGCUCGCAGUAUCAGAGGUCGCAGUGCCGCCGCCCUCAGGAUCCGAGCACGUAACGCUCGAUGUCGACGCCAAUGCGCACGAGUCGCCCCUUCCUGAUGAAACAUCGACGAUUCCGCCUAGUAACGCACGGCCGCCGGUAUCAGGUGGCUCCGAUAUAAUCGUGUCCUCUCCUGAGAAAACUGCCGCAGCGAGCGUCCCCGUUGACGAAGAGCCGCACAUCUCGGAGCGGGAAAUUUUACCCGCCCAUAAUGGCAGUCAAAGGCCACGCCCAAAACUAUCCUUCAAGGAUCUAUCAACUAUCGACCAAAUAACGUACUGUCAGAAUAUCCUGUUGCACGAGGCCGUGCUGCAGCUGCUUCUGUGGCGUUCGGGGGAACGUUCCUCCGUUGGGCUCCUAAUUGAAGAAGAAGAAAGGCGUCUGCAUGACAUCGCCUUCGAGAAGGCAAACGAGAGCGACUGGGUGCAUGAGAUCAUCAGACUCAAGCAGGCCGCUGAAGGCAAAUUGCUUCCAUGGGCGAACAAAGACAAAGACAAGGCUUCCGCCGCCUCGCCAGAGUCUUUCGGCGGCACCCGCACACGAUCAAAGAGAGUAUGACGGUCUACCCAGGACUUCGGUUCGUUGCUGUAAGUAUUUCACAUUGCUAUGUCAAGCAGAUUCCUGCAUGCUGUAUUGCUCUGUUUUCGUAUCUGCACGACACUGCUCAAUGUACAACAUAUUAUUGGAACCAAGGAUUGCCGCGCGCAUGUUCGUCCUCAUGACCGUUCCCUGUUCCCAAGACAUGUAUCUAGCAUAAGGUUUCAUGCCUUGGACAUGAGCUGAGUGGAGUUGAUGAUCUUGCAUUCAGAGGCACGGAUGCUGAUA